AUGGUCUUUAUGAACACCCUUAACUUCGGUACCAUCGAAAAAGCAGUGCAAUCCGGUGAUGUGGAAACGUUGAAAUCGUCUCUGCAGAACUGCAGAGAUGCAAAUUUGGAAUUCAUCGAAUAUUAUCUGAUCAUACUGCAAACGAUUACGAUCACAGAGGAGACAACAAUUGAGGAAAUUAUAGAAAUUAUUAGAAGAGUGAAUUUGGCUGUGCUUAAAGCGAAACAAGACGCUCAAAAAGCCGCAAAUUUGAAUCGUCUUCUGUUGAGAGCCGAGAGAAAUUAUGCAAAAGAUGCGUUGAAAGAAGAUUGGAAAGAUAAAGUGAUUGUGGACUAUUUGAGCGAUUACGUGAUGCGUCUCGAGCAAGAG